AAAAAAAAAAGUUAGGAACAUCGUCAGCCGUCCGUUUUUUUCACUGUUAACUAUCCUCCGUUAGAUGACACCGCCAAUUAACCGGAAGCAGAGAAUAAAUUAUUAUAUUCAACUAGCUUUCAGCGUCAACAGCUUUCUUACGCAAAAACGCAACUAAACAGUCUUGUCACUUGAAAAAGAAACAGACCAACAAGAACAUAAACAAAGCCAAACCCUACCCUUUGUUUAGUUUUGAGAUGAGAGGUUUCAGAAAGAAACAGGAAAGAAACUAAAAAAGGGCAUAGGACAUCAGAGAUGGGAUCUGGGGCUGGAAGUUUCCUUAAGGUUCUUCUUAAGAACUUUGAUGUUCUUGCUGGGCCGGUUAUUAGUCUCCUGUAUCCUCUCUAUGCCUCAGUUAGGGCAAUCGAGUCUGAGUCGCGUGCCGAUGACAGACAAUGGCUUACAUAUUGGGUUCUGUAUUCCAUGAUAACAUUGCUGGAGCUCACCUUUGCCAAAGUAAUUGAAUGGAUUCCUAUCUGGUCCUAUGCAAAGCUGAUUUUCACCUGCUGGCUGGUUUUCCCAUACUUCAGUGGUGCUGCCUAUGUUUAUGAGCAUUAUUUGAGACCUUUCUUUAUCAACUCACGAAAGCCAGAUGAUAUUUUAACUGCUGCGGAGAGAUACAUCGAAGAGAACGGAACUGAAGCAUUUGAGAAGCUCAUUCAUAGGGUAGAUAAGCCCAGGAGUAGGGGUUAUGUAUAUGAUGAUGAAGACUACAGAUAUUAAUCCUUAUAACUGUGUUGCUCUAGUAAUUAUCUUAGGUUUCUUCUUCUUCCUUGCACAAAAAAAUCUUUUUGGUACCUUUCAAAUAAUGAUCCAGAAUUUAAAUCUUAAUCACUGAAAUUAAGAAUUUAACAUUUUAGCAACAGACCAGCUUGUUGGCUUGUUAAAAGUUUCUUGCUGUAUAAUACAAGUUCCUAAAUAUUUCUCAU